GCCCCUCAUGUUAACCCCUUCCUGCCCAGUAUCAUUAGUACAGUGUCAGUGCUUUUUAUUAGCACUGAUCACUGUAUUGGUGUCACUGGGGAUGUCAGUGACAGUUAGUCAGAUCCCCCCCGUGUUAGAAUGCCCGCAGCAGUCCCACAGUCCCACUAUAAGUCACUGAUCGCCAUUUGUAGACGCUAUAACUUUCACAGGAAAAAAAACUCCAUUUGUAAACGCUAUAACUUUUAUGUAAACCAAUUAAUGUAAACAUAUUGGGAUAUUUGUUUAGCAAAUUCAU